GAUGUGGCGCGCAGAGGGAAACUGGCUGCUGAAAACAAGCGGUAAGAGUGUUUCCGGAAGUGUAUUCUGCGGGACCAGCACCUACUAUGUUCUCAACACCGUGCCACUUUUGGAAGGUGACCCUGGAAACAGAAAUAGGAGUCAUGUAAAAGUCCUUUUACCGAAAAAGAUGCUUGAAUGUCUGCCGAAAUGUUCAAGUUUACCAGAGCACCGUUGGAACACUAAUGAGAUGAUGAUGCAACCGUCCUUUCGGAUUUCUUUUUAAUAAUGUGUGACCUUUCACCUUU